GUCCAGGAUACUGAGAUACUCCAUAGCACCUCAUACACCCUUUGCUGAGAUCCUGGAGAAGCUGGCUCAAGAGUGCAGUGUGGGAACAUCUCAAGUGAUGCUCCUUACAAAGGAGCAACCUGUGCAGCCCGAGGACACACCACAGAGCCUCGCUUUGUCAGCAGCAGAUAUCCUUGAAUGAAUCAUCAGGAAGUAUGGGGAGCCUUCAAGCAAAGCAGCAAAGAACAUGAUCACAUUGAAGUUCCAGUCCCAGACAACACUCGAUGUCCUGAGGACGUCCUCAAAUGGUGCAAACGUCCUCGCACUUUUCUCGGUGUCCGUGGGACGUACUGAGGACGACACUAGCUGGAUUGACCCAAAAACGUCCUAUUGCAUACUUUCUGGGGACAACGAAUUGUCCUGAAAAUGACUUAAUAGGGACGAUCAGAGCAUGCAUGUGCACUGCUUGCUUGAAAUACGAUUUCUCACUCUUCUUAGUAGGCAGAUGUAAACUCGAAAAAUAAUACGCUACACUUCCGUUUGCAAUACCUUCACCGCUUGAUUGUUAAAAAGUGUUUAAAGUGUUCUUUCUCGCAGGCGUGUAAAUGCUCCGCGCAUCCACAACAAAUUAUAAGCCGUCAAUUUAAAAUUGCGUUUGGCUUUUAAAUUCACGUAGAAAAAAGAACGUGCGCUAUUCAAUAUUUUUGCAAUAUCCGCCGCGGCGCGCAGUUCGCCGCUCGCCGCUAUAAGAAUAGCAAACUUUCACCAACUCUUUCACCUAUGCGCUUCCGUUCUAGACAGUCUAUUAGCCAAGUGAUUCCAAGCUACCGAUUGUCAAGAUGGCGUCUCGCAGUGAAGGUGGGCAAUACGUCAUUGCCGAAUUUCCUGAAGAAAAUAAUUCGGUCGCCAUCAUCCAUAGCAAAUGGUUGAUUGGCAACAGCCACUGCAUGUGGCCGCCAGAGAUGAGACAUGUGGAUAGUCUCCUUAGAGUUCAAGCAGCUCUAGGCCCAGACUGGCACCGAGAGAGCUGCAUUGUGCUUCGAAAGUUUGACACCUAUGCUGAAGCACGACUGCGCCUACCGAAGGCCUCAGGGUCUUCUGGCCUCAGCAGUCACGAAAGUGACUAUGGCAAGGGCAAAAGGAAAAAAAAAGCAACGAGGAAGCUCUCCUCAGCAGAUGAGGAAAUACCAUCACCACCUGCAUCUAUGAUUAAAAGAGCAAAAUAUAUCACCCAACCACAGAGGCCCACAAAAGAGCCACUGCGUGAUUUGCCACCACCGACACACACUGAAGAUGACUGGGCCUAUGACAUUGCAUGGGAGACCCCACCACUGCCACAAAGGGCUGUCAGCCAGUUUGACCACUGUCAAGAAAGCAAAGUGCGGCAUUUUUCAAGUCCCGCACCACAUCUUCAAAAUACACGGUGUACAGAUAGUCCUAUUAGCCGGCCAUCGCGGGAUUGCGGAUUGAACUUUGCCCAGAGGACACAAUCAGCUAAUGGACCUGACCCAACUAGUAGAGGCACCACGACGCCUGGCUCCCAUUCAGCUCCUCGAUCUAAAAAGGUUGAACUUUUGUCAAGCCACCCAGUUGGCAGCAAAAGGCCUCCUGCUUCAUCAGUUAUCUGGAAUUGGUGGGUCUACCAUUGGCGCGGCCACAAGACGGAUUCUACAGCUGUUGCUGACCCAUCAACUGGCUGUACAGUACAGCUGGGCAGGGCAAAAGGGCAAAAGAAAGUUUAUGGCCCUUAAUACGGCGGAGCUCAUAUUUAGUAACGGUGAAGCAAGGCUUUUCGAUGCCAAAAGGAGCGAGGUUGAGGGGACAAUAAAAGUGUGGCUUCGGCAUUCUGGUGAAAAGCUGCGAAAAAUGCAAUCAAAGGCUUCAAGCACUCGGCCUGACAGUAAGUGUUUUCAUAGUAGCCUACUGCACGUGUAAUUGUUGACAGAACCAGCCUAUGAGACUCUCAAAGUGUAGCGUCGUCUAGCUGGUAACAGUGUGUGAUGCCUCUUGCAUGUUUGAAUUGUUUCAUAAAAUUUGAAAUUUGCUGGAGAAGUUCGGGCAAAAACAUCAGCACAGCUGUUUGCGCAUUUGUGUUGUACUACAUCACUAUAUAUACUACCUCCCUAUUUUUUUUUCU